AUGGAGCUCAUGUCUUCCAAAAAACACCUAACUAUAGAAGAGCAAAAUGCUAUGGCUCAUUGGCUUCUCGCAAAUAGCACCAACGGGAAAACGAACGAUGUAGCACAAAAGGAGGAAGCUGCUAUGUUUGGUGUGUCGAGACGAUCGGUGCGUCAUUUCUGGAGCAAAACAAAACAGAAGAUUCAGUCAGGUACACCAGUGAUAUUCACAUCAGCUCACAAAGGUGUGAUACACAAAGAUAUGAAAAAACUUGAUGUUGAGAAGGUUAAGUCAUUGUCCAUUCUUGAGAGGUCUACAAUUCGUAAAAUGGCUGUCAAGCUUCAAGUUAGCAAGAGCUUACUCGGGCAGUGGAUAAAAAGAAAGGAAUUAAGACCACAUACAAGUGCAAUCAAACCACUCUUGACUGAUGUAAACAAGAUAGCAAGGAUGAAGUAUUGUUUAAGUAAUGUUGUGUAUGAUGCAGCAAUGUCAAGGUACAGUUAUCAAAGCAUGCAUAACGUUGUUCAUAUAGACGAGAAAUUGUUCUAUAUGACCAAGACAUCGGAUAGGCCACAAUUUUCAACAGAUGGGCAGGAGCUAUUUGAUGGAAAGAUUGGAAUCUUUCCAUUUACUACAGUCGAGGCAACCAAGAGAAAAUCGAAAAACAGAGCAAAGGGUGUUUUAGAAGUGAAGCCAAUUCAGUCAAUAAUCAAAGAGAUUAUACCAGCAAUUAAAGAGAAGUGGCCAAAAUCAUAUCAACUUAAGCAUAUCAUCAUUCAACGGGAUAAUGCAAAACCACAUUUCAAUAAAGACGAUCCAGAUUUUAUAACUGCUGCCAACAGUGAUGGAUUCAAGGUUGAGCUAGUUUGCCAACCAGCCAACUCACCUGACCUAAAUGUCAAUGACUUAGGUUUUUUUAGGGCUAUACAAUCACUGCAAGAUGACAAGAUGGCAAAAACUAUUGAAGACCUACUGCAGAAUGUGUUGAUUUCUUUCCAAGAGCUUUCAGCAGUUACACUCAACAAUGUCUUCUUGACAUUGCAAAGGUGUUUAACUGAGAUAAUGCGAGUUCAAGGAAGCAAUGACUACAAGAUUCCACACAUAAACAAAUCAAGGCUCUUGAGGAUGGGAAUGCUGCCAGAAUGCAUAGAAGUGGAUGAAUGA